AAAAAAAGAAAUCGUCAGGGAUGUAUGACACGUUCGCCGCGUGGAGGAAGAGGCUGUUGUUAUUAUUUUUAUUUUUUAAUUUUAGUCCUAAAAGGGGAAGCACGGCGCGGAUCUGUGCAGUGUAGCGGCUGCAGCCAUGGUCCAGUCCUGCUCUGCGUACGGAUGUAAAAACAGAUACAACAAAGACAGAAACAUUUCGUUCCACAAGUUUCCUCUGGCGCGGCCGGACAUCUGCGGGAAGUGGAUCGCGGCGAUGAGGAGGAACAACUUCAAGCCGACCAAGUACAGCAACAUCUGCUCGCAGCACUUCACCAAGGACAGCUUCAAGAUGGAGUGCAACAACCGCGUGCUGAAGGAGAACGCCGUGCCGUCACUCUUCGGCCUCAGCAAACUGCAGAUCAAGCCCGAGUCGCCGGAGGAUCAGUUUCCGUCUGAGAUCGACUUCCCCCUCGCUCUGCCGCUGACCGACCCGGACAAGGAGGAGGAGGAGGACGAGGAGGAAGAGGAGGAGAAGGAGCAGGCGCCUCCUCCUCUGCUGCAGCAGCAGCAGCUCCCGGAGGCGAGCCCGGCCGGCGCCGCCGCCGUCUCCGUCUCCUGCGACCACAACUACACGGCGGAGGACUCGGCGCGGCAGAGGAGGCGCAUCGAGCAGCUGGAGGAGCAGCUGGAGCGGCUGAGGAAGAAGCUGAAGGCCACGCAGCAGAAGUGCCGGCGGCAGGAGCAGCAGCUGAAGAGGCUGAGGGCCGCCGGCGAGGCGCGCGGGGCGGCGGCGCUCGGCGAGGGCUGCGUCAUCCUGCCCAGGGAGAUCUACCAGGUGCUGAAGGGCAUCGACGGCAUCGACUAAGCCGGGCGAGGAGGAAGACCGUCCUGUUACCCCCCCGAUGUGGCCGCCGGCUCCUGAUUGGUCCUCAGUGGUGAUGUCACGGCGCACACGUCAGCAGGCUCGGAGCGGCUCCGUCUGACCGGGGCGACGCUCUCACGCACCUUUAACCCGCCGAAAGCCCAGUGACGUGAUCUUCGUUUCUCUCAAAAAACGAUUUUGAACAAAAUAAAAAAAGGUGUGCUGUCCUGCCGCACUUCAGGCAGAAAACCACGCAGGUGAGGUGAUCUUACUUUGAAGCUUUAUUCGUCUGUUUUCCCACUUUUUAAGGACUGCUGUGUGUACAAAUACAAAAAAAAAAAACACAACAAUGCAUCCAACUGGUGUGUCAGUCAUAUUAAUUUAAUAAACAGAUACAUUUU